CUUAGCCUAAAGUUACCCUCAUCAGGUUAUCUGUCAAUUGAGAUAUCAAAUAUUGCACUGGUGGUGCUCACCUUACUCCGACCUGCCCUCACUUAGCUUUGUUGUCGAUUAGAAUCGUAUGAAAGCAGGUUGCCUUUCGACACCAUAGACAUGCCGAGUGCCACUCUCGUUCCUUCCCCCACAAUCGACCUUAGUCUUGCCAAAGGCAGGAGCGUUUCAACAAAGAUCGUCCAAGCUGCAGACUCAGUACAUGGAUCCAUCAUAAGUCCAGCGACCCGUGCCACUCUCAACUUCCAGUAUGCAUCGCUGAGAAACAUCAAUCAUUGUCCAACUGGCAUGUACAUUACUCCUUCCGCGGAGAACACCCUGAUGUGGGAUGCUGUUCUCUUUGUACACAAAGGAUACUACCAGGAUUCUGUGCUGAAGUUCAUCAUAUCAUUUUCUAACGACUAUCCUGAACGACCCCCGACGGUACGGUUCUUGACGGACAUUUUCCAUCCCCUCGUCGACCCUCGGACUGGAGCUUACAGUCUUGCACCUCGAUUCCGACCAUGGAGACCCAAAGAACAUCAGAUACAUCAUGUUUUGCAUUUUAUGAAGAGCACGUUCAAGGAGCCCACUCUAGACAAGCUCCACGAAGAAGAUGCCUUGAACAAAGAAGCUUUCAAGCUCUAUCGCGAUAAUCGAACGUCUUUUGCGACGUUAGCAAAGCAAUCUGCAGAGCUAUCUCAAUCUCCCAGUGCUCUCUAUGACACUUCAGGUUCAAAGAAGAUCCACUCGUUACAGUUCACCCCUUUGAAACCAAACGAAGUUGAAGAGGUACUCGGGGCCCUUUCUGUCCACACAGAAGAUUCAAAAUGAGCACCAGUGGUUAUCACGAGCUACUAUAUGAAGGGAUAUAAUAAUAUAGUCCGAUUAAGGCGCAAUUUUUCGCGAUAGACGUAUUCAUCAUGGUUCGGACGCCACCUCGGAGUCUAUAACUCCAAGUGAGGGCGUUCAUCUAUCGUCACUGCUGCUAUUAGUAUCGUUGAUACUGGGGAAAUGCCCGCGUAAGUUAUUCGCUUCGAAUGGAGUAUCUGUUCCCGUGUCAUCGUCCUGCUUGUGUCACUUGUACGUGAGAUGU